UUCCCUCUGGCCAGUCGCGCGUGGGCUGAGGCCCUGGGCGGGCGUUGCGAAGGCUUGUUUGCCAAAGCGCGGUCCCCGCCGCAGUUCGGAGUUCCUUUCUUCAGGGGAGUUGCGCGGGGGAGGGUGUAGCCCCCAAUACCUAGGGUAAAUGGCCUGUCUCAUGGGCUGCUAAGGGCAGUCUGGGGAGCACGGGGGCCGGGGCCGCGACCAUGAACUCACCUGUGGACCCUGGCGCUAGGCAGGCGCUGAAGAAGAAGCCACCCGAGCGGACGCCCGAGGACUUAAAUACUAUUUAUUCUUAUCUUCAUGGAAUGGAAAUAUUAUCAAAUCUCAGGGAACAUCAGCUUCGAUUGAUGUCUGCAAGAGCACGCUAUGAGAGAUACAGUGGCAAUCAAGUUCUUUUUUGUUCAGAAACUAUUGCCAGAUGUUGGUAUAUCCUGCUUUCUGGAUCUGUGCUUAUGAAAGACUCCAUGGUUUUGCCUCCUUGCAGUUUUGGUAAGCAGUUUGGAGGAAAAAGAGGAUGUGAUUGUCUUGUGUUAGAGCCUUCAGAAAUGAUUGUGGUAGAGAAUUCCAAAGAUAAUGAAGAUAAUAUUCUACAAAGAGAAAUUCCUGCCAGACAGUCUCGAAGAAGGUUUCGGAAAAUUAACUGUAAAGGAGAACGCCAGACUAUUACUGAUGAUGUGGACAUUAACAGCUAUCUUUCUCUUCCAGCUGAUCUUACCAAGAUGCACAUUGCAGACAACCCUCAUCCACAGGUGACUCAUGUGUCUUCUAGUCAGUCUGGUUGUAGCAUCGCCAGUGACUCUGGAAGCAGCAGUUUAUCUGAUAUCUAUCAGGCUACCGAAAGUGAGGUAGGAGAUGUCGAUUUAACACGUCUUCCAGAAGGACCUGUUGAUUCUGAAGAUGAAGAAGAGGAAGAUGAAGAGAUUGAUCGAACAGAUCCUCUGCAGGGGCGGGAUCUUGUCCGAGAAUGUCUGGAAAAAGAACCUGCAGAUAAAACUGAUGACGACAUUGAACAAUUGCUGGAGUUUAUGCACCAACUUCCUGCUUUUGCAAACAUGACUAUGUCUGUAAGGAGAGAACUCUGCUCAGUGAUGAUUUUUGAAGUGGUAGAGCAGGCUGGAGCUAUUAUUCUUGAAGAUGGGCAAGAGCUUGAUUCAUGGUAUGUUAUUUUAAAUGGCACUGUGGAAAUCAGUCAUCCGGAUGGAAAAGUUGACAAUCUCUUUAUGGGAAAUAGUUUUGGAAUCACACCCACUCUGGAUAAACAGUACAUGCAUGGAAUUGUUAGGACUAAAGUAGAUGACUGUCAGUUUGUCUGCAUAGCCCAGCAGGAUUAUUGGAGAAUUUUAAAUCAUGUUGAAAAAAAUACCCAUAAAGUUGAGGAAGAGGGAGAAAUUGUUAUGGUACAUGAGCAUCGUGAACUGGAUCGAAGUGGAACCAGGAAAGGACACAUUGUAAUUAAGGCAACACCUGAGCGUCUCAUCAUGCAUUUAAUAGAAGAGCAUUCCAUUGUGGACCCAACUUAUAUAGAAGAUUUCCUAUUAACUUAUAGAACAUUUCUUCCAAGUCCUUUGGAUGUUGGGACCAAACUGUUGGAAUGGUUUAAAAUUGACAGCUUAAGGGAUAAGGUAACACGGAUUGUAUUAUUAUGGGUAAAUAAUCAUUUCAAUGAUUUUGAAGGUGACCCUGCUAUGACUCGAUUUCUAGAGGAAUUUGAAAAAAAUCUGGAAGAUACAAAAAUGAAUGGUCAUCUCCGGUUAUUGAAUAUUGCAUGUGCUGCAAAGGCUAAGUGGAGACAGGUUGUGCUGCAGAAGGCUUCCCGGGAGUCACCUCUGCAUUUCAGUCUAAGUGGAGGAAGUGAGAAGGGAUUUGGUAUUUUUGUUGAAAGCGUAGAACCUAGUAGCAAAGCUGCUGAUGCGGGACUGAAACGUGGUGAUCAAAUAAUGGAAGUAAAUGGACAAAAUUUUGAGAAUAUAACGUUUGUGAAGGCCCUUGAAAUUUUGAGGAAUAAUACUCAUCUUGCACUUACUGUAAAGACCAACAUUUUCGUGUUCAAAGAGUUACUUAGUAGGACUGAACAAGAAAAAUCUGGUGUUCCUCAUAUUCCCAAAAUUGCUGAAAAAAAAAGUAAUCGACACUCAAUCCAGGAUGUACCAGGAGAUCUUGAACAGACAUCACAGGAGAAAGGAAAUAAGAAAAUAAAAGCAAAUACUGUUUCAGGUGGAAGAAACAAAAUCAGGAAAAUUUUGGAUAAAACACGAUUUAGUAUCUUGCCUCCAAAACUAUUUAGUGAUGGAGGCCUGAGCCAAUCACAGGAUGACAGCAUUGUGGGAACGAGACACUGUAGGCACAGUCUGGCCAUAAUGCCUAUCCCUGGAACACUCUCGUCCAGCAGCCCCGAUCUCCUCCAGCCUACCACCAGCAUGUUGGAUUUUUCUAAUCCCUCAGAUAUUCCUGAUCAAGUUAUAAGAGUUUUUAAAGCGGAUCAGCAAAGUUGCUACAUUAUCAUCAGUAAAGACACUACAGCUAAAGAAGUCGUUUGUCAAGCUAUUCAUGAAUUUGGUUUGACUGGUGCCUCUGACACGUACUCUCUCUGUGAAGUUUCUGUUACUCCCGAGGGUGUUAUAAAACAGAGAAGACUUCCAGACCAAUUCUCCAAAUUAGCUGAUAGAAUUCAGCUCAAUGGAAGGUAUUAUUUGAAAAAUAAUAUGGAAACAGAAACCCUAUGUUCAGAUGAAGAUGCUCAAGAACUAGUUAAGGAAAGCCAGCUAUCCAUGCUACAGCUAAGUACUAUUGAGGUGGCCACUCAGCUGUCCAUGAGGGACUUUGAUUUAUUUCGUAAUAUUGAGCCUACUGAAUAUAUUGAUGACCUUUUUAAGUUAGAGUCCAAAACAGGAAAUACUCACUUGAAAGAAUUUGAAGACAUUGUAAACCAAGAGACAUUCUGGGUUGCCUCAGAGGUUUUAACUGAAUCAAAUCAGCUCAAACGAAUGAAGAUUAUUAAGCAUUUUAUUAAAAUUGCACUUCAUUGUCGAGAAUGUAAGAACUUCAAUUCCAUGUUUGCAAUAAUAAGUGGUUUGAACCUGGCAUCUGUAGCACGACUCAGAGGUACUUGGGAAAAGUUACCAAGCAAGUAUGAGAAACACUUCCAAGAUCUGCAAGACCUUUUUGAUCCAUCCAGAAACAUGGCAAAAUACAGAAAUAUUCUUAGUAGUCAAAGCAUGCAGCCUCCAAUUAUUCCACUCUUUCCUGUUGUCAAGAAAGAUAUGACAUUUCUACAUGAAGGAAAUGAUUCCAAAGUUGAUGGUUUGGUAAAUUUUGAGAAACUCAGAAUGAUUGCCAAGGAAAUUCGUCAGGUUGUUCGAAUGACUUCUGCUAACAUGGAUCCAGCUAUGAUGUUCCGACAGAGGAAGAAGAGGUGGCGGAGUCUGGGGUCACUGAGUCAAGGCAGCACAAAUUCAAACAUGCUGGAUGUUCAGGGAGGUGCUCACAAAAAAAGGGCACGCCGUAGCUCUUUGCUUAAUGCCAAGAAGCUAUAUGAAGAUGCCCAAAUGGCAAGAAAAGUGAAGCAGUAUCUUUCCAGUCUGGAUGUCGAGACAGAUGAAGAGAAAUUCCAGAUGAUGUCAUUGCAAUGGGAGCCUGCAUAUGGUACCUUGACCAAGAAUUUAAAUGAGAAAAAAUCAGUGAAGUCAUCAGAAAUGUCUCCGGUGCCAUUGAGGUCAGCUGGCCAAACAACUAAAGCUUAUUUGCAUCAGCCCCACAGAGCAAGCCAGGUGCUUCAGGUGCCAGCUGUAAAUUUGCACCCUAUCAGGAAGAAGGGUCAAGGAAAAGACCCCGCCACAUUGAGUACAGGUUUACCUCAGAAAGUUUUAGGAACAGCUGAAGAAGUAAGUGGUAAGAAACACACAGAAGACACCAUUUCUAUGGCGUCAUCCAUACAUUCCAGCCCGCCUGUGUCUCCUCAGGGUUCCCCCCGCAAAGGUUAUACACUUAUACCAUCAGCUAAAUCUGACAACUUGUCUGACUCCAGCCACAGUGAGAUUUCUUCACGGUCCAGCAUUGUGAGCAAUUGUUCUGUCGACUCCAUGUCUACAGCUCUACAGGAUGAACGGUGUUCCUCCCAGGCUAUGACAGCCCCUGAAUCCACUGGAGCACUGGAAAAGACAGAGCAUUCCUCAGGGAUAGGAGACCAUAGUCAGCUUGGCCCUGGGUGGACACUCUCAAAGCCAUCUCUAAUCAACAAGAGUUUAGCUGUCUCAUCAUCUGUGAGCAAUGAAGAGAUUUCUCAUGAGCACAUCAUUAUAGAAACAGCUGAUAGUGGUCGUGGAAGUUGGACUUCCUGCUCAAGCAGUUCCCAUGACAACUUCCAAAGUCUUCCAAACCCCAAAGGCUGGGAGUUUUUGAACUCUUACCGACCCACCCAUUUGGAUGGUCCCAUAGCUGAAGUUGAAGCCACUGACAGUGAGCACUACAGCUGUCCUAAAGGCUGCUCUCGAACUUGUGGUCAGUGUAAAGGAAGCCUGGAGACUAGUCAGAUGAGACAGAGUUGGGCUUCCUCUAGUUCUCUGUCUGAUACAUACGAACCAAACUAUGGGACAGUUAAACGGAGAGUGCUGGAGAACACGCCAGCUGAAUCAUCUGAAGGCUUGGACCACAAGGAGGGCAUCGACCCAGUUUAUAAAACUGUUACUUCAAGUACAGAAAAAGGCUUGAUUGUGUACUGUGUCACCUCACCCAAGAAGGAGGAUAGGUAUAGGGAGCCACCUCCCACUCCUCCAGGAUACAUGGGGAUUUCUUUAGCAGACCUAAAGGAAGGAGCCCACCUCCACCUAAAACCUCCAGAAUAUAGUGUGGCGGUGCAGAGGUCAAAGCUGAUGCAUAACAGCCUCUCUAGACUGCCACCAGCUUCUCUCAGUAGCAGCCCUGUGGCCUGUGUUCCAUCGAAGAGUGUAAUUCAGCCUCAGAGGCAUAAACUAGAUGUGACUGAUGCAGAUAGCGAAGCAGAUGAAAAUGAACAGGUUUCAGCAGUGUAGCCUUUGUAUUGACCUGGUUGAAGCCUACUGAAAGUCCUGGAAGAAGGAGUGGCAGAACUAUCUCACGAUUCUGCAGGCCGUUGCCAGCACAUAGCACGCUGCUCCCGCUGCUAACCCAGAGGUUCUGUUCCCUGUACUCUGAGCAGUGAGAUAGCCUGAGUCAUGCUUCCUUUCAUUUAAUCCCUGCAGAUGCAUAGUUUCCUCAGCUAUGGAUGUUGUGCCUGGAUACCAGUCUCCGCUUUGCACACCACAUCUGCCUUGGGACCACAGUUACUAGAACAAAUUCAAACUUGAGUCCUCCCCAUAUAUAUAUUGCUAUAGAUUUUCCUUUAACACAAUAUUUUUAAGAUAGUAGAGUGGUAGUAUUUUCAAGCCAUAGCUUGGGUUAACAGACAAAUUCAGAAUGUCUGCCAAUGCCAAGGAUAGUUUUAUGUAUUUGAAAAGUAACUUAUUAUUUGAAGUUUGUGGUUUUGUUUGUAUUUGGGAGCUCUAGUUAACUGAUGUUCAUGUUUGAGGCCAUAAAACUGUCUCUGAUCUGACCAAACAGAAGCCAUCUUUACAGGAUGAUAAUACCUUUGACUAUACAGAGAUGUAACCAUCUGUAGCACCAAUGCAAUGUGGGUCUGUUUGAAUGGAACAGGAAUCCUUUUGCUGUUGAGAUGUUAAGAAGGAAAAAUACUGCCAUCUGCUGGUCAGGAUUUGGAAAGCCAAAUGAAGCUACCACAGAGUCAGCAGCCUUUUGGGAAAAGGAGGGGGUAUGAUGGGGUGUAUAGCAAUCCUAAUUUCCAAAGAAUGAAAUUUUUAUCUUACGUAACACGUAUAAAAAUUCUUUCUAAAAAAAAAAAAAAAAAAAUUCUUUCUGAAGCGAACGUCAUGCCCUAUCUAACUGUAAGUAUAAAUCCAAUAAAUGGAGACUGAGUUCUAGAGAGUUCCACUCUGUAGGAACCUGUAACUAAAAUUUUUCACAACUCAGAUAUGGAGUUCUUUCUUAAUGGAUGUGUUAUCGUUGGCAGUGUAAUCAUGAAGAUAAUUUAGCUUUGUGCUAAGUGUUCUGCAGCAUUCACCACCCCCACCCCCAUCUCAAAGCACAAGGCUUUUUUCAAUCUUAAUAAACACUGCAGCUCCCAGUUGACUGUAGGUAAAGUUUGGCAUGCCAGAAUCAAUGAUUGGUUGAAAAUUUUGUGGGGGAAAGAGGAGCUAGAAUUAUGGAAAUGAUUAUUUCUUGGUUCUCACUUCAGGCCUUGAGAGGAAGGGGAUAUAUUACAUAUAUAUAAUAUAUAUAUAUCUCCUGUUGGGCAUGGCACUCUUAAAUAUUAAAAUUUCAGUAAUUGUUUACUGGAUGAGACGGAGUUUCCAACAUUAUAAAAAAGUAUAAUGUUUUCUAUAUCUUUAGUUUAAAUAUUUUCAUUUGUUUUUUAGUAUAAAGGCAAAUGAAAGUUUAAUAAACUUCUGUGACUACCAAAAAAACAAAAGCCAAAGCCAUUAAUGUGCACUACCCGGAUCAACUUGCAACCAAAAAUAGGUUUACUUCUGAGUGGUUGUCCAUAUGUGAAUUUAUAGGGUUUAGUUGGCUUAUGACUUCCUUUUGAAAAGUUUGUUCUCAUUUUUUUUCCUAGCUCUCUCUCCCUUCUAUCAUCCUCCUAUUUCCUUUAUUUUAAAAUCAUAAAUCAGUUUCAACUGGUAGAUGGCAGUAGUCCAUCUUUUCUAUCAAAAUGACAGUUUCUUCAUCUUAGGAAAGAUCACAUGUCUGAAAAAUUCCCACGGGCAAAAAAUUGUAAAUCGGAAACUUAAGCCUUAGAAAUUUAACCCCCAGGUAUGUUAGAAUGAGGCCAGUUGGCUCCGUAGCUGUCUUGGCCCAUUGAAAUGGAAAGUAACCUGGAUCAAAAAUCUAAUAAUAGUUUGAAAGUCACACUGCAAAGUUUUGAUCUAUAAACAGUGGUCCUUUGAUCAUAAAUUUUUCUUUCACUGAUUUACACAAUAUUAUUUUCAUGUCCAGAGCAAAACAAAGAAAGUGAAAGAUAUUUUUGCUAUAACCAUCUUUUUAUCAAAUUUGGGUAUUUAUUCUCACCAUUUUGUAUCCACUUCCCAGAAAAAUGGGCUGUUUGCACAGUAUGUUUUUUUAACAGGUCUUUCAAAUCGUUGUCCUUAAUGUUGUCGAUAAUCAUCUUGCACAGAGUCAGAGGCUUGUGGUUUUGGACUUGCACCUUGUAGCUGCCCUUGUUUUCCUGUAGCUUGAACUGUGAGUGUUUGGAUCAGCUGAUCACAUUGAUCAGGAACUAGCCAAAUGCUUUGUAGUUUGAUAUGUGUGUAUCCCUUAAAAAGGUCGUGGCAUUUUGAGCUUUAUGUUUUGAUAUCAGGUACAUUCCUGCCUUCUCUUAGUUUGUCACAUGACUAGAACAAGAGAAGCCUUAACCUAUACUUGCUCCAUUUCUCAGUCCCCUUGUUUUUGUUUUUAUGUUAUGAAUUUAUAAGCAUACUAAAGAGACUUGUGCCCUCAUCGUACCACAACUCUGAAUCUGCCAGGAAUAUUGAAGCAGUAAAUCCUCACUGCAAACUUGCCAAAUAAUGAAUUUCAACAACAAAAAAAAUCUCUUCAUGAUGAAAGACAUAGAGAAUUAAUAACCCCAAUAUGUACUUCCAUAAAAGUUUAUUGUAACUUAAUAGAGUAUUACUUUCUCCAAAUGAUUACUUUCAGUAUGAUAUUUGGGGAGAAAAAGCCUUCAAAUGAUUUUUAUGAGGGUGAUAAGUCUGCAUAACCACCUUGAAAAUCUCCUAGGCUUGAAAUGUGACAGUAAUCAUGGAGAUAUCCAAACCUAAGUUUUAUAAAGUGUUCUCUCCCCUUCAAGAAGAAGGGGAGAGUUUCCUUGUGUAUUUAAAACUCAUUGUUAUUCUGAUAUAUGUUUCUAAAACAUGUGAUAUUAAAAUAGAUGUAUCCCUUUAGUAUUACCGUAAAGGCUAGAGCAAAGGGAUAAAUCUUCAAAAGUGUUAAAGUACAUUUUCAGAUUUAAACUUGAACUCCAGUCCAUCUUUAAUUUUUGUUGUGCUUUUUAAGGCUUCUUUACUUUUGAUACACAGAAUGCAGUUGUACUUGACCUUUUAAAAUUGAAACAUGAGCUUAUCAGCAAAAGACAAAACUGCACAGUCAUAAUAAUCAAAUAGCAAUUAUACUGCACAAUUCAGUGAUUGUAAAGUAUCCUGUAACAAGCAAUGUUUGUCUCCUAUUUUUUGAUACCUCUUAAACUUAUGUCUUUUAGAAAGACAGUGCCUCUGUAUGCUUUUUGUAUUUUUAUUGAGUGUAAAUAUUUGUUAUAUUUUUGGUUAAGAGAAUGUAAAAGUACCAUUUAUUAUCAUGUCUACUAAUACAUUGGUGGAAUCAAUAAAGAAUCUAAUCAGU